AUGAAGAACACACCAAAAUUUUUCGAGCAAGCCUUAGUGGCUUUGACGGAAAAAAUAUGUGCUGGAGUUGUACGAAUCGUAUCAAAUAUUACUACCGAAAGAAAUUAUGACGACUUACGACCACUGUUUCCAAACGUACUGUGUAAUCGUCAAAUACGGUUACGGGCCGGAAACGAUAACUGCCCCAGACGGAACAACGCAUGCAACAGAAAUCCGCAGCAGCAAAACGGUCGGCCGGCGAACAGGGGACGUCAGCCGAUUUGGGGGGACCAGGAGGGCCCCCGGUUACCCCCUCUGCGGUUAGUGUUCCGGGAUCCGAGCCUCGCACAACCCGCGGCCCAGCAGACACCUUCCAGGAUACCGGUGCCCUGUCCGUGCCGACCAGAACAGCCCAGGAGACAGGACCGGCCGGUGGACCUGUACGCCGGUUCCAGGUUGCCAGUGCCCAACCGACCCGGUCAGGCUCCGGCGCGGAUACCCAGGAACAACGAUCGGCCAGAACCACAGCCCGGCCCCCCAGCCUGCCCCCCAGCACCGCGGCCCGGCCCCCCGCCCGCCCCUUCGUGUGACCGGCGUGGCACUUACGACGUGCAGCCGCCUCCGUGCGGCGAUCAAAAUUCCCGGAGGCGCAGUUCCAACGCGCAGCCAGAACCGCGUGACAGCUGCGCUCAGGACAUCCGGCGCGGCACUUACGACGUGUCGCAGCCGUUCGCCGCGCCCCAAUGCAGCCGGAGGAGCUCUUGCAACCCGCCGCAGCCACAGCCACAGCCUUACGGUGGUGCGGGGGCCGGCAACACGUCGGGUUCGUUCACGAUGACCGGCACCAUCCGGCUGGACGGGUUCCAGGGACUGUCGCCGGUGAGGCCGCCUGCUCCGCGUGACCGGUCCUCGUCGUGUAGCAGGAUGACCGACGGCGGGAUCAACGCCUUCAUCGACAACCCAGUCAACUUCGACACGGUGGCACCAAGGUCGAUGGCGGUUCCCGGGCAGCCGUACGUGCGCAUCGAUGAGACGGCCGGGAACACGACGCCCGAAAAUUGGCGCCAGAUGAUUGACAACCGCAGCUCGAUUGGCUCGCAAGGGUUGGGCCUGCCGAGUCCCACGUACGACGAUUACCGUGGUUCGCGCGGCUCGUCGAUCGACUCGUCGAGGCUGCAACGGUGGUCGUCGUCCGACCGCCAGUCCCGGCCAUUCGGCCUCGACGAUUCGUUCGCCAUGAGCGGCGCGUCGACGCCUUGCGAUCGCCCGUCCAGGGCCAGGUCCGCGGCAGCCGAUUGCGGCCCGCCGGUCCGCAGGAACCAAUGCAGACGCGACACUUUUGACCGGAACACCCGCUAG